GGUUAGAAGAGUGCCAGUAAGAAAGGAUGAGAGGAGGAGGGGGCAAGGAAUUUAAGUCCCAAAGUUAUUUUUAAACCAAGAACAGGAACUCUACUGUUGACUCCCCAAACACUGAGACAUAGAUCGCUAUAAGAGCAGAGCUGGGAAAAGGAGACGGGCACGCAUACAUGAAAAAGUCAUACAGCUGUCAGGUGAGCUCUCCCAUACACGGGUCUGCAUCCAAACACAUUCCUGUCUUGGCUUUAUUGCAGGGACAUGCUCAUCAGGGCAUGUGGUUGAUACUCAAUACAGUAAAUAACUGUCCUUUUUACGCCCUCAAACCUUCAAAACAUCCCAAGAAAGGCUCUCAUUUGAAAGUUUUUCCCAUGCAUAUAUAGAAAGUUAUAGAUUGCAUGCAGCCUAAUUGACUGUAAUCAAGCUUUGGUGUAUAUAAGAGAGAAUUACAGGCCAGCGGUAAGUCUAGAAAGAAAGAGAGUUUUAAAAAAAGACGUGAGGUUACACACUAAUUGAAAUAUAUACAAGAUCAUCCAUCAACAGCAAUCAUCUUCAUGGCCCACCCUGCUCAAAAACAGCCUUCCUACUGAGAGCUUUCCAUCAGAGCUGCUGUUAUUAUCAAAUAAAGACGUCUGGGAUUAUGUGUGCUGGGACAAAAGUCAAACACAAAGAAGGAUAAAGACGAGGACACAUGCAAAGAACACACACCCUGCCAUUCAUGCAUGCUUUGUCUGCAGCUUUUAUGAAUCCCCGGCUUGUUUUAUAGUUGGUGUUUUCCCGACUGAAGGCUGUGAUAAACAGCUCCCAGAGGAGAGCGAUCAGGUGCAACAGUUACAAGCAUCUCAGGAGGUCGUUAUCUGUCAGGAGACUCGCUGUACACUUUGCUCUGCGUCACAGAGUAUCAUUUCCUCCUGACAUUUAGCCUGGGUCAGACCUUCUGUAAUGAGCCAGGUCAGCCUUAGCACGCACACCGGGCCCUGAUGGGGUCAAAGGAAACUGGGUCACCUGUACCUGUUGGAUCUGCGUCUCCCUGAUGCCGCCCACCCAACCAGCCACCCACAGCAAGGUCACGCCCUCCCUUCUGGACCCCCCGCCUCCGCCUUCUGCGCCUUCGCCCUCCCCUCACCUUCAAGGUGUCACAGAGAGCACCCUUGUUCUCGCCCUCUCCUCCUUUCCACCGGGACCCCUCAAAAAUCCCAGAUAUCCCUGCAAUUUCCGGUGCAAUGUUUAUUUGGCGGAAAGGGGGCUGGGGGGCGGGCUGCAUGAAAAAAGAGUCUCACUCACAAACAGUUUGGGCUGCGUUUGAGGGUAAACAUGUGCAGGAGGGGUAUGUGAGGCGAGCGGUAAAAAGGACUGAGACUCGUGUGUUCUGGUCCUGACACACAGAUCCCACCUCAGCAGGGACACAGAGCAGCACUCUGUUCAGGCCUCAACCGCCACAGUUUAAUAAACAUCCCUCCACCUUCUCCAGUCUGUACCAAACACAGCGCCCUCUGCUGGAGACAUCAGGGGAUGGCAAAGAAAAAUAGAAGGAAAAAAAACACUAACCUAGAUUUUAACCACUGAUGGUAGGCUUAAGCAUAAAGCUAGUGUCACUUCCUAUUGUUUAAUAUCUUCAAAAGGACACCUAGACCACCGUAAAACUCCUGGUAGGAGUUAUUAACUGAAUAUAGAACAUACUGAUAUUGCCCUCAAAAGCAAAGAAGACCACCAGGUAUAAGACUGGCAAUUUCUUAAUGUAAUUUUUUAAUCACUGUAACAGCUGUGAGGGAGUAAAUGUUUACGCAGUUUACACCUCAGUAAAAAAGAGCUUUUCAUGGCAAAUAUUCAUGGUAAAUGAAACAACUAGCCGAUAAAAGAUGGCACUUUCUUAAAAACACAAUUUACAUUAUGCACAGGAGAUAAUGAGGAAAGUUUAUAAACUAACAAUUUGUCCAAAGGGGGGCGCCAAAGUCAAGAAUAACAAAGUUCCUCACAGGAGCUUCAAGAAUAUCCAAGAGAUAUAUGAUCUUGAGAAACUCAUUCUAGGUAUUUUAAUAAAGAAAUUAAAGAUACCUGAUCCACUUUUAAGAUAUUUAAGCACUCAUGAAACUAGAUUAAAACAGGAGAAAGAAUCCAGUCAUGUCUUCUUAAAGGAGUGCUGGCUGAAUGUGUUUCCUGGACAGUUCACUUACACUAACUUAGGUCUUUGAAGGGGUUUGUCUUGGCAUGAUUUAACUUAUCAAUUUAAUACCCAAAAAAUAAAAUGUAUAAAACAGUAGAGGCUGGAGAAAUUCUGUAAUGAUGGGAGAUCAAGUGUGUGAAGAUCAAAUGGAAGACCAUUUUCACAUAUUUUAAAAUAGUAUAGUAUAGUAUAGUAUACAGUAGUAUAGUAUAGUAUAGCAUAGUAUAGUAAAGUACAAUAAAGUAUAGUAUAGUAUAGUAUACCAUAGUAUAGUAAAGUAUAAUAUAGUAUAGUAUAGUAUAGUAUAGUAUAGUAUAGUAUAGCACAGUAUAGCAAAGUAUAGUAUAGUAUAGUAUAGUAUAGUAUAGUAUAGUAUAGUAUAGUAUUGUAAUGCAGUGAUAUUUAGCGAUUAAUGCAGUUGGCUACAGUAUACAAAAGCAAAAACAAACAUCAUCAUAGCCGGUUCUAGAAGUGCGGUCCUGAAAUUGCAGCUCACUGGCAGAGCGUUUUCAUGAGCAGUCCCCGCAUUUCCCGGUCUAACCAGCAGAGGGCGCUCCUCACGGCACUGCGGCCAUAAGAGGUGAUUAAAAGGCUCCUCUCUGUUUCUGCGGCAUCAAAGCGGAAGUACUUCAUUGGUCCUCGAGGCCAAGAUCAGCGCUCACCUAACAGCAAGGUAAACACUGAAAAUGUAUAUUAAUGUUUUAAUUCGUCCACGCUGUUAUUGAGAUAUUUUUCCGUAUUCCGUGAAACCGCCCUGUUUGAGUGUUUUGUUUGUUUUUCUGACGAGAGAAGCGGACAGGAAAAGGUUAGGAGGAGGGGAGGACGAAGAGGGCAAAGUCAUACGUAACGUGGGGUAAUGGAGGAAACGGUCUGCCGGUAAAAACAGAGACAAACCGGGAAAACACCCCUGAAAUAACUAACAAAGGAGACAGAUUUAUUCAAGGGGAAUUUAAUGCUUGAAGGUCAGGUGUUUCUUUAUUUUAUAGUCAUUUCUGGGCGUGUUUUAAGAGCAGAGUAACAUGUCUCCGUGCAGAGAUGAGCUGUGUGUUUAUGGGUUAACCUGGUUUCAAGGAACUUCCACAGACUGUAAAAUAACAGGUUUACCAUCGAAAGUAAUUCUAGUUUAUAGUCUGUUUCACUGUAAUAGAUUAAACACAUCACAGACUCUGAAACCCAUCAAAUAAUGAACUUUGCAAAAUCAUGUCUGACUGUCAAACACUAAAAUGUUAAAUCAAGUUUUUUAAAGUUGAUAGAUAAGACAUGAAAUGUAAUGAAACGUCGCCUCCUCUGUUUUUAACUUAUUUUAGUCUAAUAGCUUCACCUCAAUUUCAUAUUCCUGCAGUGAACUGUCAUCAUGCUUCUGUUUUAAUCUUCACCAGUGGACGACAGAUAUCACAUUACCAGUGCCUGUUGUCGAUACAGAUAAUGAAAGAGGGAAAAGUGAAUAUUUUAUCAAACAGAUUUAGAGGAGACAAUAUUCGGCUCAGUUUAGUAUCACCAUGAGAGACUCUGUCAAACUGUCUGAAAAUGAUUAUGAAAAUAAAGGCCGAUCAGGUCAGUUAUUGCCAUCUAACACAAUCAGCAACAUAUCUGCAUUGACCCUCACAAGGCCGAUAUCAUGAAGAAUAAAAGAAUAAGAACAUUAUUAAUCCCCAAAGGGAAAUUCAGUUGUCUGUUGUCUCACAUAAUAUGUCUUAUAAACUUAUCUACUAUUUACACAAGAGUUAUAAAGUCUGAUGGCUGUUAGUACAAAAGAUCUUCUGAAUCUUUCUGUCCUGCAGCGAAGAGAGAGGAGCCGUCCACCACUAUUAUUACUGUUUUAAAAAAUCAUCCUGUAAUAGCACGCAAAAUCUUAAACAGUCGCUAACUCGUGUUUUAUUACUGUAUUUUAUUAUUAUAUUUCGUACUGACAGCAGUCUAUAGCCUAACCCAAUAACUGUCUUUCCACUGAUUCAUUCAACACAAACAAUAUCCACAAUGUGAUAUUGGCAUUAUAAAUCUGCCAUCGACUGACCUGUUGUCUUAUUAUCUGUAUCAAUAUCAGCCAAUGAAAAACUGAUCAGGAAAAGAAAAUGUCAAUGUCAGCUUUAUUUAUAUAGCACAUUUACAAACAGCCAGUGGCCUACCAAAGUGCUUUACAGUAAAAUAGCCAGAGACAAAAAAUAAAUAAAAAAAUAAAAAAUAAACAAUAAAAGCAUAAAACAUAUAAAACAUAAAACAACAAUAUAGGUAAACAUAGUAAAUAAUUAAAAUACCCAAUAAAAGUAGCUAUACCUCCCCAAAAGCUAAAGUGAACAGGUGCAUCAAUUAAAAUUAUAAUUAAACUGCAGUACUCUGAGUACCAAAACAGAAUUCAUAUCAGACACUAACUUGUCCUGUCAAUGUCAAAUGCAUUUUUUCAUUUAGAGAGAUAAUUGUGAUAUCAGCCUUGUGAGGGCCAACACCUGUAUGAUGCUGAUUAUGCCAAAGUGCCAAUAAUUGACCCAGUUAAUCAGCCGGCAGAUUAGCUGGUCAGUUCGCUUGUUCACCAAUUCUUUUACUUCAAAAAAAGAAUAGUGAACUUUUAAAGAUGCAUUAUAGUAACUUAUUAUUAGCCAUCUGAUGAUAAUUAAAAGAAAGUUUAAAUCAGUAAUUAAUUAAUUGGUAACACACUGAUAUGGUCUUGGGAAAAUGAACUAAAGGCAACUCUGAAAUGAUUUAAUACAUCUAAAUGUUUUUACCUUUCAGUCUUUCAAAUGGUUUUUCUUAACUUUGUAAUGAUUCUUCUUAUGUCUGUGUUAAGCACUUUGAGUUGCCUUGUUAAAUGUACCUUAUAGAUAAGUAAGCUUGCCAUAUACUGUUAAAGUCCAUAAACUUUAGACUUUUAAAACUGCACAAAGACUCCCAGCCACAGUUAUUAUUUGCUGCAUGUUUCCCCUUCUCUCCAUUAACUACAUUGCCUGUCUCUGUCCUUUCCAAUAACAACAAAAAUGAACCCCCCUACAAAACACAUCCAGUCUUAAUAUUUAUUAAUAUUUCAGUUUGGGUCUUGUAAAAUAUUUAGUGCUAUUUUUUAAAAGAUGUUUGAUGUUAUAACACUGCAAAAUGUAGAUGAAUUAAGUAAAAAUAAAAAGCAUAUACCGUAGUUACAAAAGGACAGUUUUGUAUAAUUGAAAUGUGAAGAUUGUUGCUCUCUUUGUGUUGUAUUUUUAAGGACAAACAACAUUGAAGCAACAGUUGUUUAAAAAAAAAACAUGUCUGUGCUUUCUUAGCUUACAUAACAUGUGAUAACACGACCCCGUUUCCAUGAGGGUCAGACUUUGUUUGAGCUUCAGCUAAACACACAUAUAUCAUACAGGGAACCCACCCACUUACAGUGCGCUCUAUAUGGAGAGAGGCUGUCAACGUGCUCUCCUUACAUAAGUGUCCUCUGAUACAGUAUAAGCAUUGUGCCGUCCCUCUUCUGUCAAACUGACACAACAAUUCUUACAAUUAUGAAUCAACACUCUUCUUCCUCUGUGAUAUUAUUCCUCUCUCACAGAUGGCUCACAGGCUGUUGGUACGCAGGAUUUGGACAUUCUCCACUAAAGAUAUCCGCUGCCUGAAAGCAUCCACCGCCUCCCCUUCUUUUUACACCUCCCAGCAGUCCUACACAACCAGGGCCUCCUUCCUCGCCCCAUCACGCACUCUUCCUCGCUCCCUUCCUCACACCUCGUAUCGGGGAGUCUCCUUCAACGUUCAGGAUCAGGAGGACUUCACAGACAGGGUCAUCAACAGCGAUCUGCCCGUGCUAGUUGACUUCCAUGCACAGUGAGUAAUAAUAGAUGGUUAAAAACGACCAAGGAGGGCAGCUAUGAGAGGAGGGUCAUGUAUAGUGAACAGGUGGUUAAGCAACAUGGGGUUAGCAGAACUUUGACACCAAGCAGAGGCGUCUUGUUCUUCCUGAAGGUAUUUAAAUUUGCAUGACCACCGGCUCAUUAUACAUUAUCCCACUCACUUUUACCCCGUUAAAAAUGACUUUAUUGAUUUUAUUCAUGUAGUAAAUAAUACAGUCCCUCUGAUUCUGCGGUGGGUGAUACUCUAAUGGCAGCUGAUCCUUCUCAGCCUCUGUACGGGACAAGUUCACAUUAAAUUGGAUGUUUCAGUUCACGUUCAAGUGAAAACAUUAGUUUGCUUAUUUCCAUUGAAGGUAAUGUUGAAAACGUUGAACAGGACUACUGCAGGAGAACUGAUACUGACAUUUUUGUCCUCGUUCAGCUUCUCUGAGAUUUGCAGGUCCUGCACCUUCAAACAUAUAAAAAGCAAAUGCUUGGUUAUGACUAUAAUCACUGUUUAUGGUCGGAGUUACUUUAUAGAGACCAGCAAUUCAAAGAUGUUCUCCAUAGCUCUGCUGCCAUUGCCUAGUUUGAUAUAAAUGUCCUCCAUUCUGUUUUGCAUACUCACCUAAAAUGUUAAGAUUUAAAGAUUUUGCAGCAGUUGAGAAAGGCUGUCUGAUAAAAGUAUGUUUUUUUUUCUGAAAGAGAAAUUAACAGUUAUCUGUAGACUUAUCGGAUAGUUAGGUUUUGGACGGUAUGACUUUUUGAGAUUUUUUAUUUGUUUGAUAUUCCAACUUCGUCUUUCUUUCAGUUGAAGCUCUCAUUCUCUCAUAUGGGUGACUGAGAACGAUGGUUUGAGUUUGAUUAUGACUUUUAUUUUGAGCACAGUGUUUGGUAAAGUCCUUGUGUAACAGUCGUGUGUCUUAAUGGUAUAAAUUCUAACAUGUACACUUGCGGUGUUUUUAAAAAGUCAGAACAUGUUUACUUAUGUACACAACAGGCCAAGGACAACAUCUUCAUAGAUACAACCUGUUGAACAAGUUCUGGUUUAAAAUGGUUUUAGACAGUUCUCAGAAAUAAAGAAGUAGGACUUCCUUUCCCCUUUGUUAAGUGUAGUUGUAUCACAGUUGCCUUUGUGUGUCUGCAGGUGGUGUGGUCCCUGUAAGAUCCUCGGGCCGAGGUUGGAGAAGGCCGUUGCGAAACAGAAAGGCCGUGUCGCCAUGGCAAAAGUCGACAUAGAUGAUCACACAGACCUGGCCAUCGAAUAUGGGGUGAGUCUGACACUGGAGCAUUACUGAUGGGUGCUAUCUUAAAAUAAUGGGCUGCUGUAAUUCUGAAUCAAACUGUGUUUUUAUCUGCAGGUGUCUGCUGUUCCGACUGUAAUCGCCAUGAGGGGAGGCGACGUCGUCGACCAUUUUGUGGGGAUCAAAGAUGAUGAUGAGCUGGACUCUUUUGUCAGCAAAGUCAUUGGACAAUAAACCAGCCGUCCCCGCUCUAUCAUCCACCCCCGUCAGGGUGCUGCUUUCAAUGAUCCUGGCUAGUCGGCAGCCUGUCGACGCCAUCUUGAGCCUGUUUAGCAACAACCUUCAAGUAAACAAACUGAUGCCACAAAUCCAGCUGGCAUACUGUCAAGAGCUCACACCCAUCACAUGACACACGCUUCAGCUUUGCUUUAAGUGCUUCUGUCAAUUUGUCCUCUUUAGUUUCUUUGGUUUUGUGAUGGGUGUGAGCCUCCAUCAUUCUUUUUGUUCACUGCAGCAGAUCAUUUCUUUUGUACAACAGAGCAGAUUCAUUCUUACUCCUAGAGCAGCAGAGCCGGCGUGUAAUAUUUGCUGUAAAAUAAAUCUGUAGAGUGGGAAAGAAACCGCUGUACCGCACUUAUACUGUAUAAACAAGAGGGAUAACCAGUUCUAGUUUUAGAGGAGAGAGUUUAACUUAAAAUGUGACGAUACUGAAUGAGGCUCAUGACAGUGUUACCUGUAGUUCCUGCUUUUGUCCACAUGAGGGUGGCAUUUCUCUAACGUUGUGUAGUCGCACAUGGUCAUUAUACACCAUUAUGCCUAAAAUGUGAGAAAGGAGGGUGUGUGUUUGUGUGUGUGAGUGACUGGGUCCUGACUGUGAAGCUUUAGUCCAACGGGAAUUACAAAUCUGAGUUUGAUUUAGUUUCUUACUGAAAUGAACUCAAUGUACCAGAAACAUGACCAAGUGAAGUAAUAAAGAGAUAAAGAGAUGGUCUGUGUUUGGAUCCUGUUUUUGUCUGAGGUUGAGAAUAAGAGGGGGAGUUAUAGUUUUAUUGCCUCGAUCACAUUUUUGCAGUAUUACAGUUGUGUGUCUCCCUGUGAUUGUGGUUUUGAUUGCGAGGCCCUGAAGUCUCUAAAGUUUUCUCACCCCAUUGAUGUUGGGUUGACGAAGCCUGAAAUGACUCUCAGUUUUAUGUGUCUGAGCUUUAGUUUCCCUCAGUUGUCUGCUCUCUGCCUGAACAUGUAGGUUUUACUCAUGCUGUCACAACCCUCUCAUCAGGUGAAACACCUACAUAUUACCACCUCUUACGCUGCUUUAUAACCUUCCUCUAUCUGUCAUCCCUCCAAAUCAAGUCUCGACCUCCUCCUGUCUCCAAUCUUGAUUUAUGAUGUCAUGAAUUUUGCACCUGACAAAACAUCCUCGAUCAGAGUUGAGCUUGGAAUUGAAGGAGAAUCAGGGAGUUUUGAUGAUUUCAUAGAUAGUUAAUCAUGUAUAGUGGAUAAUUUUGGGGCUUGUUUUGCUUUUCUUGCACAGGAAAGUUUGAGGGAGACUGGAAAUGUCGAGAGAGAAUGGCAGAAAGCAUCCAUCACACUCUGUCAAGACAUUAAAUCAAUAAUAAAAAUGUCAGGAUGUUAUGUUAAAUGUUGACAAAAACAGAAUUCGAUCAUUCGUAGAUCAUUUAGCCCUUGUAAGUAUUUGAAAAUGGUACAAAGACAACAUGUUUUAUUGUUUUAUGAAAAAUAUAUGCUUGUUCAAGUUUGUACACAAGCAUGUUUACCACUGUGUUAUAUCACCGCUUCUAUAAACAAUACUCUGCAAAUGUUUGGGGACCAAACAGACCAGCUUCUGGAGCUUUGAAAGGGAAUUGUUGUCCCACUUAGGCUUGAUAUCAGAUCUCAGAUGCUUAACAAACAGCUUUUCUUUUCAUUAUGCACCAUUUUUUUCCAGUGAGUGACAAGUCAGGACUGGGUGGUCCCUCUUCUCUGAAGGCCUAAGGGUGUAAUGCCCAUGAUUUCCAAUAAGAAUGUUAAACUUUAGUUUGUCAGAUUACAGCAGGGGUCUACCGAUAUUACUUUUCAAAGGUCGAUACAAUAAACUUUAUUGACAGCUCAUGGGAAAGGCAAUCAAUGCAUUGUCCAUGAUUUCCAGAAAGAAUGUCAAAUCUGACCGGACAGUGGACCUUCUCAUGUUUACAUUUAGUUUUCUCUGUGCCUUGUAGUGCUCAACUGUUUAAACAGACAAAGGUUUUUGGAAACGAUGUGGAGCCAAUGCAGUGACAUCUACUGCAGAGUCACAUCAUGACCAUCUAGUACUGGUCAUCAGUUUUGCUCAUUUUUGAGCAGAGAUUUCUACGGCUUGAGACGAUGAAAUCUCCAUAUUCUGAACUGUUGAACUAUGUGCUGACACAUUCUUUCACAAAGUGAUGAUUCACCUUCUGUAAUUAUGAGAGACUCAGUCUCCUUUCAGCGUGCUUUUUUCCUACCAAGUCAUGUUAUUAAUCUGUUGCAUAUAUAUCUCAUGAAGUAGCAGAUAAAGAAACUUUUCAUCAUUACUUUUUGAACUGUCCCAUUAUCAAAUUUUUAAAAAUGUGUUACUGGCAUCAAAUUUAGUGUACUCGUAAGACAAUCAUUUUCAGGCCUGAAGAUUUUAAUUGUUGUCUUUUUCACUCUAAUUGUCAUGAAAACAUACGAAUAUAUAAGAAGCAAACCAUCAAAUUCUGUUUCUGUCAACAUUUGAUGCAGUGCCCAAUUUACUCUCACCAAUCAGUGAACCAAAUAUAAACAUCACCAGGGUCAGGAUUUUAAAAAGCAGGACUGCUUCAUCAUCAUGGGGAUACUGUUUCUUUGCAUAUUAUUGCAAAUAUAUAAUUUUGAAGGAGAGAUGUUUAUUUGUACCUUCCUACUCAAGACUGGUAAAAUGAAUUUUCUUUAUGCCAAGCAUUUGUCAACACUCUAUAAAAAGGCAGUGAUCCCAGAAAAGCUUGCGUCAUUAAAUACAUCCACGGUGUUCUCCUGUUUUUUUUAACUGCAGCCACAAGAUACUGAAAUUAACACAGAUAUGAAGUUACAAUUACACGUUUAGAUUCACAAUCAGUCCAGCACAAAGCAUGAUGGGAGAGAGACAUACCAUGCAGUCGCCACUUUAUUCUCUGCUUGUGUUUUACCUGUUUGUGCAAAGACUCUCUCGAAGACUGUGAGUGAGGACUCAAGGAUUAAAGCCCUUCUGUGUCAACACCUCUAAAGGUCAUUUAAGGCUGACAGAUACACCAGAGCACCUGAACUCAAUCUCCCUUAAGUCAUCAUUUAAUCAUCCUAUCCUCUCCCACAACUGGAUAACUGACAAACAUUCCCUCCCCUGCCCGCCAUCCCAUCCUGGCAUGUCAUUACAGAUCCCACAGCUGACAGAGCCGGGGCCCAGGCCUCCCCACUGCUCAUUAAGACACAUCAUUUCUGCACUUGAAACGGUCCUGGCUCAGAUUAGAUCAUCCCAGGGAAAAUGUAGGGAUGUUUUCAUGCAGAGCUGCUCAGAAGAACCACAGGCGGAGACCCCCGGGUUUUUUUUUUCAAUGUGGGGAAUUCCACUGACGUUAGACAGGCAGGUGUAAGGGAAGCAAGUGAUCCAGACCGUACAUGCCAACACAGUUGUUUUGUGUUGCUUGAAAGACAUUCCUGCAUAGUUUAAGAUGUCUAGGACUGUUAUCAUCUCCUGUAACAAACAAAAGGAAGAGUGCUGCUCUUUGUCUUCUCAUGCUACGAAUACCAACAUGUUCAAGGUCUUUGUUUACAAAAAUAACACAAAUGCAUUCUAGAGUUGAAACACAGCAGACAGAUGGAGAAACCUUUUUUAGUCAGCAAAGAGAUAAUUCUCAAAAUUGGAGAUUAUAGUUGCAAAAUUUGACCUGUUGAAAGAUUAAGAGGCUCUGAAGAAAUCUUUGUACAAAAAGGGACAAGGCUGAGACACUGGAAGGCUGUGGUCUUCAGGCCUUCAGGUGGCAGCGCAUUAAAAAUUAAAUAUUUUUGAUAUUUCACAUGUAAAUUGAAAAAAAAUGUGUCUGUUUCCCCAGCUCUUGGACUGACACUACUUUCAUGUACCAGUUUAAGGCAUUCAAAUCACAAUCUAAACAGGAUUUAGAGGCGUCAAUAUGAAUUUCAGUCUGUUUUACAAAUGCCCAAAAACUUCAUACAGGUGCUUUAAUUAGCAUGUAUUGAACUGACAGGAUUUUCUUCAUUAUAUUCCUUUAAAUAAAGCAAACUGCCUUUAA